AAAACUUGUAUUUUUGCUUCCUUUCCUUUACGAUUUUUGGAGCUAUUAGGGUUUAAUCGAUUUCAAUUCUCCUUUUCUUUUUCGAAUCUUUUCGGUGAUUUUUGGCUUUCAAAGCCCUCAAUCUCUUUCGAGAUCUGAUUUUGGGGGGAUUCUUUUCAGAGAUGUUGGAGCAAUUGAUGAUAUUUACACGGGGUGGUUUGAUCCUCUGGACAUGCAAGGCGCUCAAAAACACCCUUGAAGGGUCCUCGAUCGACACCUUGAUCCGGUCUUGCCUCUUGGAGGAGCGAUCCGACGACAUGUCGUACAAUUACGAUGCCCUCGAUGCUGCGUACACUCUCAAAUGGACCUUCCAUAACGAUCUCAGCCUCAUCUUCGUCGUCGUUUAUCAAAGGAUACUCCAUCUCCUCUAUGUCGACAAUCUUCUCUCCAUGGUGAAGCAUGAGUUUUCACAGAUCUACAAUCUGAAGAGUACAGCUAAUGAUGAUUUCGAUGACGUCUUCCGACAGUUGCAGAAGGAGGCAGAGGCUAGGGCGGAAGAGAUGAAGAAGUCAAAGCAGGCGGCAAGGCCCGCGAAGCAGAUCGCAGUCAAGAAGGCCGGAUCAUAGGGCAAUGCGAAACAAAAGAGCAGUGGUGGAUCCAGCAAGGACGGCUCAGAUGAUGAUUCGACAAAAGGUUGUGGAUUAGAGAACAGUAAUUAUUCUAACGGACAUGAAGCCGGGAUCAAAGGAUCUCGUGCAGCUGAUGUUGUUAAGAGUAAAGAGAAUAACAGCUCAGAGGUCGGGGCUUUUGAUGUAAGUAAGCUUCAAAAGUUGUGGUCAAAAGCAGGGAAGAAAAUAGAUACAAUAGUUAGUAAGGCUCCCUCCAAGGUGGAGUCGAAGAAAAAGUUAACAAAGAAAAAUAGAGUUUGGGAUGAUUCGCCACAAGAGUCG